CGCGCGAGGUUUGAUUCCCUUGGCGGGCGGAAGCGGCCAGAACCUGACCAUCCCAAAGGUUUUCCGGGAUUGCGGUCCGGUGCGUCUGUCUUUCUGCCUGGUUCAGCCCCUCCCAGCCCUCCGCCCUCAGGUUCUUUUUAUAAUUUUGAGUAAACUUCCAGGAGGACCAUGAAAGAUUAUGAUGAACUUCUCAAAUACUAUGAAUUAUAUGAAACUAUUGGGACAGGUGGCUUUGCAAAGGUCAAACUUGCCUGCCAUAUCCUCACUGGAGAAAUGGUAGCUAUAAAAAUCAUGGAUAAAAAUGCGCUAGGGAGUGAUUUGCCUCGGGUCAAAACAGAAAUUGAUGCCUUGAAGAACCUAAGACAUGAGCAUAUAUGUCAACUCUACCAUGUGAUAGAGACAGCCAACAAAAUAUUCAUGGUUCUCGAGUAUUGCCCUGGAGGAGAGCUGUUUGACUACAUAAUUUCCCACGAUCGCCUGUCAGAGGAGGAGACCCGUAUUGUCUUCCGUCAGAUAGUAUCUGCAGUUGCUUACGUGCACAGCCAAGGCUAUGCUCACAGGGACCUCAAACCAGAAAAUUUGUUGUUUGAUGAAUAUCAUAAAUUAAAGCUGAUUGACUUUGGUCUCUGUGCAAAGCCCAAGGGUAACAAGGAUCAUCACCUGCAGACCUGCUGUGGGAGUCUUGCUUAUGCAGCACCUGAAUUAAUACAAGGCAACUCCUAUCUGGGAUCAGAGGCAGAUGUUUGGAGCAUGGGCAUACUCUUAUAUGUACUUAUGUGUGGCUUUCUACCAUUUGAUGACGAUAAUGUCAUGGCUUUGUACAAAAAGAUUAUGAGAGGGAAAUAUGACGUUCCUAAGUGGCUCUCGCCCAGUAGCGUUCUACUUCUUCAGCAAAUGCUACAGGUGGACCCAAAGAAACGGAUUUCUAUGAAAAAUCUCUUGAACCACCCCUGGAUCAUGCACGAUUACAACUGUCCUGUUGAGUGGCAAAGCAAGGCUCCUCUUAUUCACCUUGAUGAAGAUUGUGUAACGGAACUUUCUGUACAUCACAGAAACAACAGGCAAACUAUGGAGGAUUUAAUUUCACUGUGGCAGUAUGAUCACCUCACGGCUACUUACCUUCUGCUCCUAGCCAAGAAGGCUCGGGGAAAACCGGUUCGUUUAAGGCUUCUUUCUUCCUGUGGCCCGGCCAGCUCAACGCCAGUCACGAACCUGAAGUCAAAGAAUCUGAGUCUAGAAGAUAUGAUCACCAGUGACGAAAAUUAUGUGGCUGGAUUAAUAAACUAUGAAUGGUGUGAAGACAUUUCAUCAAGAGGUGUGGCUACUCCACAAACACCACAGUUUGCCAAGCAUUGGACAGAAUCAAAUGGCCUGGAAUCUACAUCAUUAACUCCAGUAUUAUGCAGGGCAUCUGCCAAUAAAUUAAAGAACAAAGAAAAUGUAUAUACUCCUAAGUCCACUGUAAAGAAUGAAGAGUGCUUUGUAUUUCCUGAGCCAAAGACUCCAGUUAAUAAGAACCAGUAUAAAAGAGAAAUACUCACUACACCCAAUCAUUACAGUACACCCUCAAAAGCUGGAAACCAGUUCCUGAAAGAAACCCCAAUUAAAAUGCCGGUCAAUUCAACAGGAACAGAGAAGUUAAUAACAGGAGUCAUUAGCCCUGAGAGGCGGUGUCGCUCAGUAGAACUCAAUCUCAACCAAGUACAUGUAGAGGAAACUCCCAAAAGAAAAGGAACCAAAGUGUUUGGGAGCCUCGAGAAGGGGUUGGAUAAGGUUAUCACAGUGCUUACCAGGAGCAAAAGGAAAGGCUCUGUCAAAGAUGGGCCAAGAAGACUAAAGCCUCACUAUAAUGUGACUACAACCAGAUUAGUGAAUCCAGAUCAACUCUUGAAUGAAAUAAUGUCUGUUCUUCCAAAGAAGCACGUUGACUUUGUCCAGAAGGGCUAUACACUGAAGUGUCAAACACAGUCGGAUUUUGGCAAAGUGACGAUGCAGUUUGAGCUAGAAGUGUGCCAGCUUCAGAAACCUGACGUGGUGGGCAUCCGGAGGCAGCGGCUUAAGGGUGACGCCUGGGUUUACAAGAGAUUAGUGGAAGACAUCCUAUCUAGCUGCAAGGUUUAAUUGAUGGAUGGUCUCCUUCCUGCUUGAUGAGUAUGGGUGUGAUACAGCCUAUGUGGAGCCUGGCGUGAUUGGUUUGAUUUUUCAAGUCCACUGGAAGUACAAACUCAUGUCUAAAGAGCUGUCUCAAAGACCAAUAUCUUUGUUUUUAGACAGAAGAUACUAUUUUGUGGGUGAACCUAAGGCAAGCCCGUCUGUCAUUAUCUAUUACUGUCUUUUUAAAUCAUGCGCUUUAUAUAUUAAUAACUGUUUACUUUCUUAGAGUCACUUUCAUACAUGAAUGUAAGCUCUUAACUAUGUCUUCUUUUUAAUGUGUAAUUUCUUUCUGAAAUAAAAUCAUUUGUGAACAUA